UACAGGAUCCUCAGUCCUGAAGAAAUAUCAACUGCAUAUAAGUUGUUUAUUAGUGUGUAAUUCAUUUCUAUGCUCUAUCAAUAUUGAUAACCGCAGCCUCUGAAGUACAUGACGAGACACUUGCCCCAUGAUAACGUCUGAGACCAGGAUUAACGGAAAGGUGUUAAACAGCUCCGGCUCAGAGUGAGGUGCAGGAAGUGGCUGUUUCCAAAUCAGAAAAACAAAUGCAAUUUCCUCUCUGGGUACAAGCUUCUCAGUUUCACCAGUUCAUAUUCAUAGACACCGACACUGGCACUGAAAUGUUGUGGUCUCUGACGCACACAUGUCACCGCACCAGUCGACAGGGAUCUGAUCACCUCUGACACAACUGCCCACUUCUCUCUUGUCGUCAGCAACAACACAAACAUGGCCGACACGGAUCUUACCCACAACUUACAGCGCCUUUGUUUCACAUGUGAAAGACGCCUCACCUUUAUGAGCAUCUAGCGAACUCAUAAAGACAGCUUUGAUCUGCUUUGUUCUAAAACUUUUAUGUGCUAAAGAUGAGGAGAUUCCCUCAGUCAGUCACAUUUCAGAAACGCUCCUAACAGAGGGAAAAUUCUGAGAGACUCACAGAGAUGAGGACAAGGAUGAAGACAGUGAAGACUCUGCUGUGUGGAAUGCUAAUGCUGGUGGGAGCGUCCAUCAGCCAUGCAUCUGAGGCGGGGGAAUCUACCACCAAACAUGCUGAAGGCCCUGGUGUUCUCACCACCACCGUCUGGAGUGACUUGAUCAUGAGGGGAAACAGCAGCAUCCGUGAGGAGGAGGUGGGCCCUGGGGUGACCAACAUAAGCCACACUCCUACCACUCAGAUGAGGAACCUCACCGCGCCAACCAGUCUUCCGACCACCACCCCGACUCUCACACUACCGAACAGCGACCACUUGGGUCCAAGCAUCCCAUGGACUCCUUCUCUGCCAAAAAGUCCGUCACCUGCUCCCAUUACUUCCUCCUCUGCUGCUGCUCCAACCUCAGCACACACCCAAAGCGCACCAUCUUCCACCACAGCAACCAGACGGCUUCUCCCUCUUGAAUUGUCCACCAAGAGCCAGGCGUCGACAUCGCAUGUCCCACACACCACAGACUCGCCACUAUCCACCAAUCCAGCGGGAGUGGUGAACCUCAAAAGUACCAAAGGGCCGCCCAUGGCCACCACGCCAUGUCCUACUGUGAUCAGUAAGGAAACGUCCAACCUGCCGACGCAAGUCAAAUCCUGCUCCUCCUACAACAUGGUGAAGCUCUGCCUCAUCACCAUCGCCUGCCUGGCCGGCCUGGCCACCACCUUCAUAGUGUCCACCAUUGUCCUUUGCAUCAAGCUUUCCAAGCGCAAGUACAAGUUAAAGAAAUUCAGCGAUGACACUGAGAUGAUGUGCAUCUCCUCCAUUCUGCCAGAGGUGAACAACGGCACCAAAAGAAAGCGAAGUCAUGUCUCCAACGGGGUCCUGGUGAUCCACACGGCGGGUGACAGCGAAGAAGACGACAUGGACGACAAUCUCACUCUCAGCAGCUUCCUCCCAGACAAUGACAAACAUGUUCAAACACAUAUUGUUUAGCACAGCAACGUACAGCUUUGAUGGACUGAAAAAUAAUUGUUUUAUUUUUGUAUAAUGACAUGACAUGACAUUUUGUUGUUGCUCAUGUUUUUGUUUUGUUUUGUUUUGUUUUGUUUUGUUUUGUUUUGUUUUGUUUUGUUUUGUUUUGUUUUGUUUUGUUUUGUUUUGUUUUGUUUUGACAUGAGUGUUUCUCACUCCAUUGACAGCUUUAUGGAUUGUAAGAAGUGAGUUUGACAUUUGAAAUGGAAUGUAAAUAAUAUUAAAAGAGAAAUGACUGUCAGAAUAUUUUCCGUAUAAGCGACAAUAUGAACGACCAAUGACAGUAAUUCUGUAAUCAUGCAGUGUGAAGGCCUCAGGCGGUUGAGAGGAGUCCGACCUCCGCACGUUCUUCUGUCUGCAGAGGAGUUUGCAGAUGCAGUGGAGUAUAUUCAGAGCAAAGAUAUCGGGAACCAUCAGUUCCAUGCCUGAGCACCGUGGUCCGCCCAGCUCUUCUCAAAGCUCACAACCACAAGUGAUGUGUUGGCCUCUCCACAUGACAACUUCCUGGUGUCGACUAAAAAGGAACCAGCAAACAGAGAAGUCUAUUUGAGAGUGAUUUACACUAUCGUCUACGCAGAUUACCAAAUAAGCGCCGUCAACCUUAAACUCAUGGCACCACUUUCUUUGGUGUCUUUUUGUGUGCACGGACGCUUAAGCUGCAUCGGACGUCUUUCCUGGCUGAAAUAAACCCAACAUGCGGGACUGACAGUCAGCAGGCCUGUGAGUGUAAACCUGAGGACGGGGAGCAUCUCCAUAGU